CCUCGUUCCUUCCGCGAGCGCAUGCGCUUCCUCUGGAAGCGCUACGGCUGGUGGGCUCUAGGCGUGUAUCAAUUGGCUUCGAUCGUCGACAUUUCCAUCACGUUCGCCGCGAUCCACAUGCUCGGCGCCGAGCACAUCCGCAGUCUCGAGACGCGCGUGCGCGAGUGGGCCGGCUUUGGCAAGCGCGAGAUGGACGACGACGAGGAGAGCAGCGGCGGCGGCAACAGCGCCCUGUGGGCAGAGGCCGUGCUCGCGUACACGAUCCACAAGACGCUGCUGCUGCCGUUCCGCGUCAUGCUCACGGCGGCAGUGACGCCGAGCUUCGUCAAGCAGAUGGUCCGUCUGGGAUGGGCCAAGCCCAACAACCUCGUCAAGGUC